AUGCGCCUGCUAACAUGCGAAGUAACCAGCAGUCCACUGGCCACUGAGCGUUACCGCACUCUCUGCGACAGAAGCGGCACUCAGAGUCAAGAAAUAACCCGGCGGUUGAAUAUCAGUGUGUUGUCGGCUCCGGAUGCUCCUUGCGCGCUCGUCUCCUCCAGUGCGCCAAAGUUUCCCAGGCGCACAAGAAGAGAUGGGACAGAGGGCAAAGCUCGGCGGAAACGCGCCUGGAUAUUGCCAGGAACUCUGUGGUGCGGCAAGGGAAACGAAGCGGUCAGAUACGAGCAGUUGGGAAUGUUUGAAGAUGCAGAUAGAUGCUGUCGUGAGCACGACCACUGCUUGCAUAUCAUCCCUGCUUUCACAGUGAAUUAUGGAGUCUUCAACCCCAACCUCUACACCGUCUCACACUGUGACUGUGACCAAAGGUUUCGACAGUGUCUUCAGAAUGUGAAUGAUACCGUUUCCUCGAUGGUGGGCUAUAGCUUUUUCAACAUCCUGCGGGUUCCCUGCUUCGAGCUCAAAAAUCAGAGGCGUUGCACCCAGAUGUACUGGUGGGGAAUGUAUGGGUCCAGGGCAGUAUGUUUUUAUGGAGCCAGAGCUACCACGCCCCCUACAGACAAUCAGCUCCUGUGUGGAAGCUUCAAACAUCUGGAUGAAUGUAAAUAUCAAAUCCCUCCUCUGCAGAAGAAAUAUGAUCUGCAGAAUAUGGAGUCAAAGACUGCCUACCACUGUGGUUGCACCAGCCGGUAA